CUUCGUGGAUGUUUUGGUUUCACGACUUGUUGAUAAGCGCUCCUCUCGCAAACUCACGAACGACACUCAUCAAGAGAGGGAUCCGAGAGAUAAUGAACACGUCACCCGUGAACGCAAUCCAUUGAACAUUCAUCUUCCAAGGGUGCAACAGAAGAAAACUGAAAUCUUGAUAAAGCAGUAACAAGUUUGCAUUUAUAAAACCAUGGGUGAUCAACGCUACGUUACUGAGAUUCCCAGUAGUUUGAAACAACUCGCUAGGUUUGUCGUACGUGGAUUCUAUACCAUUGAAGAUGCACUGGUAGUCGAUAUGCUUGUACGCAAUCCGUGCAUGAAGGAGGACGACAUUUGCGAGCUGCUGAAAUUCGAACGUAAAAUGUUACGCUCUCGAAUAGCGGUACUGAAAAACGACAAAUUUCUGCAGGUGCGGUUGAAAAUGGAAACUGGCCCGGAUGGCAAAGCGCAGAAGGUUAAUUACUAUUUCAUCAACUAUAAAACCUUCGUGAAUGUUGUGAAAUAUAAACUGGACCACAUGCGGAAACGCAUGGAGACUGAGGAACGUGAUGCAACCAGCCGCGCCAGCUUCAAGUGUCCUUCGUGCAAAAAAACUUUCACAGAUCUGGAAGCAGAUCAGUUGUUUGAUUUCACAACCGGCGAAUUCAGAUGUACAUUUUGCGGGAGUACAGUAGAAGAGGAUAGCUCCGCGCUACCAAAGAAAGAUUCUCGCUUACUAUUAGCGAAAUUCAACGAGCAAUUGCAACCGCUGUACGAUCUGCUGCGACAAGUUGAAGAUAUCAAACUUGCUCCAGAGAUUCUAGAACCGGAACCAGUGGACAUCGAUACAAUAAGAGGUAUUAUCAAGCCUACUAACAGAUUCCCAACAGAGCAGUGGUCGGGUGAGGCAACGCGUUCGAGUGGUUUCGCCGUUGAAGAAACUCGGGUGGAUGUCACGAUUGGAGAUUCGGAUGCCAUGGAAUCGACUACACAGCGAAAGGAUCGUCCAGUAUGGAUGACAGAAUCGACAGUCGUUACCAAUGAUGCAGAAGAUAACUCCGUAGAGUCGAUACUGGAGAAAGCUGCGUUCACUUCGACGCAACCAUCGUCGGCGAGUACUAAUACUAAUGUUAUCUCAUCUUCGCGCAAUCGCAAAGAUAAUGAUGACAUUAUGUCAGUACUGUUGCAACACGAGAAGCAAAGUUCACGAAAUGCUACGAACGAUGCUAUACGUGGAUUGGGUGUCAAUAACGAAAAUUCCAGUGAUAGUAGCGACGAGGAGAAGGAUAUCGAUAACACAGAAGUGCCCACUGUGGAGAUCAUGGAUUCUGAUUCAGACGACGAUACACCCACGGUGACGGUAGCAGGAAGACCGUAUCCUCUAGAUGAAAUCAACGAUACGCUUAUUGCCGAAAUGACGCCACAGGAGAAGGAAACAUAUAUCCAGGUGUAUCAAGAUCAUUUUAGUCAUAUGUACGAUUAGAUAUUUUUCAAACGAGCAUAAAUUAAAUGAAUUGUUAGACUUAUAACGUUUCAAAA